UUUAUUCGAUAUAAUGCACACAUAUACCUCUGCUGUGUAGUGGUAGUAUCGAUCUUGCUACAGUAGUUCUGUGCAUUACUAUUAGAGGGCAGAACAAAUGAUUUUGAGACACACAUAUAUGCAUUUGUCAUAACAUUAAAUUAAAAAAAAUAUUAGAAUAAUUUAGUAUCACAGUAUUAUAGAAUUAAGGAAUUGAAGAUUUUAAUAAACUACUGUGUAAUUUACAAAUGUUGAGAUUGUUUAAAUGUAAAUAAAAAUAUGAGUACACAGAGAGGAAAUUCUAACCGAUCAAGACCACAGAAACAUCAGAAUCAGACUGCUUUUAAAAAUGAUUUACAUGACAAAUCAAGUAAAACAAAAUAUAUUAAUAGCAUAGAAGUUGCGCACGUAUGUGAGAAAUGUAAGAACAUAAUUGAAUGGAAGAUCAAAUACAAAAAAUACAAACCAUUAAAAGCAGCUGCAAAAUGUAUCAAAUGUGAACAGAAAGUAAUAAAACAUGCUUAUCAUAAUAUGUGUUUAUCUUGUGCUGCAGAAUAUAAAGUCUGUCCAAAAUGUGGCAGUAAAGGUGACGUUGUUAAAGGAGAACCUAGUAAAGAAGAAAUUGCAAAAUUAGAUGUGGAGUUACAGAAUUUGCUCAAGGGAUUAUCUGAGAGAAAACGUAGAACGUUUAUACAUUACAUGAAUAACAAAGCUACAAAUAAGAAAAAGAAAUUCAUCAAGGAAAACAAGGAAGAAGAUACAGAUGAAGAGAAUAACUGUAUCACAAAAGAUACAUUGUCCAAAGAAAAUUUAUUAUUGAAAUUAAAAUCCCUAAUAAUUAAAGAAGAUGAUGAUAACUCGGAUGUUGAUAAUGAUAGUGAUUCAGAUUUGUUUUUAUAGAAAAAAUAAAACACAUACAAUUUAUUAUUUUAUAU